AUGUCUGCUAAUAUUUCAUCUCUCGAAUCCCUUGCAUUAAAUAUUCUAAAAAAUUCAUCCGUCGAAAAAAUAGCAAAAGGCGUUAAUGUUUCAGAACUUGACCCAUGCUCAUUAUGCAACCGAGAACUUUUUUUGUAUGAAAUAAAAAAUCCGAUUACCAUACUCAUCUGUGGUCAUAUAUAUCAUCGUGAUUGUAUCGAAAAUUCUAUCAAAAAACAUUCAAUAUGUCCAAGACCUGAUUGCAAGAAGGAGAUAAAAACUAUGGUCGAGAGCACACCUGGAAGUCUAUAUACCGCUGAUCCAAUGAAUAUAUCUCCAGAUUUUACAAUAUUUCAAGAUACGUUCCAGAAAAAGCGUGUUAGUGAAUCUGCCAUAAUAACGGAAAAUUUUGAAAAAGUAAUAGAAGUCAAUGAAAACACCAAUAAUUUUUUGUAUCAUUAUAGCAAAAUUACGCAAACUGAAUCUAAAAGUGAAAUAGCAAAAUCUGAAACAUGGGAACAAGCUUGCUUGGCUCUUGUUAAUGACGAAAUCCGGAAACAACUUCCAGAUAAUAUCACCAAUGAUGCAUUGAAAAAAAGAAAGGAGAGAGCAGGAAAAAUAUAUAAUUUAUUUGUUGGUAUUG